CCCUCAAAGAAGACAAAGUGGGAAGUACGGGCAUCUUUUGGAUAUUUGAAGAAUGCCGAGGGACAGCUGAUAGAAGACGGCUAUCCUGUUUGCAGCACAUGCAGAAAAAGUGUCUGUGAAAGGCAGCAACGCUUCAAAUCUCAUGACACAUCUGCGUGACCAUCACCCACAACUCUACAGUCAACGCAAGGCAAGCUAACGUUAGCGUUUUGGCUAAAAUGCGUGAUCCGAGGAUUUGGGUCAAGGGAGAAUGCAACGAGUCGCUAUAUAAAGCAGCCGCAGCGCCGCUACCUGCAUAUAAACCGUGUCGCGGACACCGCCAUGUUGAAAUGACGCUAUGCAUUACGGGGCUCCCAGGGGCCGAUAAGAGUUGGUCUCUCUCCGAGAAUAAUUAUGAAUUUAACAACGAUUACUGCCUGAUGACAUUUUCCCACAUCUGCAAAGCUCACUGGAAGGACACAAACCGAGGACAAUACUUUCCUGAUAUAGGGUUUAUUACUCAAGUAAGGGUAAAAAAGUAUCUGAUUAGAAGGCUACUUGAGUACUGAGUAUCAUCUGAUCUAAUAUUUUAAAACGAUGACAUCAAACAGACAUAAAAUAAGAAGUUAUGGGCAAAUAUUGGUAUUUUAAAGACUAAAGGGGGAAAAUGUAAACAAAUAAACAACAUAAUUACAAAAUAACACAUUUUAGGCUAAAUUUAGACACAGACUGAGGACAAUAUUUCCUGACAUACAGGGUUUAUUUAAUUGUCUGAAAAUGUAACACGUUUAAAAAAAUACCGCGGUAAUUUUGGUCACAAUAAUCGUGAGGUUAAAUUUUCACACCGUGACAACCCUAGUUUAGAGUUAAUUAGCUGAUUCAGAUGAUUAGGUUAAUAGCUCUUUUAGAUAACCUUUAGAUAGGAAUUUUGGGUUUUCAUGAGCUGUACGCCAAAAUCAUCAAUAUUAGAAACAACAAAAGGCUUGAGCUACUUCAGUUGUGUGUAAUGAAUGUAAUUUAUAUGAAAGUCUAAUGUUUAUCAGUACAUUACAGACAAUAAUGAACUUUAUCACAGUAUGCUAAUUUUUUGAGAAGACCUGUAUAUCCAUAAAAAUCGGAUCUAAAAUACACUGAAGUGGGCUAAGUCUCUGGGCGACACCAUGUUUUCUUCUACGGGAGCCCAUGAGGACAAAAUGCAUUUACUGAUUUGUAACAAACGGUUACAAAACUUGCGUCAUUCUUAAACGUUGUUGUUUUACACAUUUACCUCUUCACUCGUUGCCACUGAUGAAAGGGAGCCUGAUGUAUGUUGCUGAAGUGUGGACUCCUCAGAGCUUUUUGACCCUAAUGAGCAUCCGUUGGUAAGGUCUUACUCCAACACAAAAACACAGUUUAUGUAUCUACUGCCCCCUAUCGCCAGGAAAAACGCACACUGUCACUUUAAAGGUGAAUUACUGAAUAUUCCAUUGCUGGCAUAAGAUACGAUCAUUUAGCCAGACCAGAGAUUAGGGUCAGAUUAAUGUUUGACUGUGUAACUGAGAAGCUGCUGGACCUCUGCAGGCAGCAGCUUUUAUCUGUGCAUGCACAUGAAACCAUGACAUAUGAAUGAUGUCUCAUCCAGGUGGAAGGCUAGAGCUUUGUUUCCUUUCCUCCCACAGAGCUAUCUACUUUGCUGCUUACUCCACUGCGAAAGAUAAGCUGAACAGUGUGUUGGAACCAGACUCCACACAGGUGCACAUCAUAUCAGCAGGAAUGGCAGGUUUCACAGCCAUCACAGCAACAAAUCCAAUAUGGCUGAUAAAGACUCGUCUACAGCUGGACGCAAGGAACUGUGGGGAGCGGAGGAUGAGUGCGUUGGAGUGUAUGCGUCGUGUGUAUAAAGCAGACGGCCUGCUGGGCUUCUACAGAGGCAUGUCGGCGUCUUACGCCGGGAUCUCAGAGACGGUCAUCCACUUCGUUAUCUAUGAAAACAUCAAGCGGCGCCUGUUGGAGGCCAAGGCGCCACAGAACGUGGAUGAGGAAGAAGACUUGUCUAAAGAUGCUUCUGACUUUGUAGGGAUGAUGCUUGCUGCUGCCGCCUCCAAGACUUGUGCCACAUCUGUUGCUUAUCCUCAUGAGGUAAUUCGCACCAGACUACGGGAAGAGGGCACCAAAUAUCGUUCGUUCUUCCAGACUCUCGCAACCGUGCCCAAAGAGGAGGGCUAUCGUGCCCUGUAUCGGGGUCUCACCACCCAUCUGGUGCGCCAGAUCCCCAACACUGCUAUUAUGAUGUGCACCUAUGAGCUGGUGGUCUACCUCCUGAACGGUUAAAGUCUUCCUGUUCCCUGGACAGUCAGAGCCUCUGUUAAGAGGAGAGAUGAAGAAAAGCAAACACCUGCAGACCAGCCAGGAACCUAAAUGUCAGAAGUUGACCGAGACGGCCCCACUCCUUCGUCUCAGAGACCCGAGCAGCACAUGAAAUCCUCCCACUUGUUUCAUGACCAAACUGUUGAUUUUUACUUUGGUUUGGACAGGCCGGUGGUGUCGUUUCAUUUCAGUUCCAUUGUUCCAUUUUCCUCAUAGAAAAACCAACCUCGCUUAUAAUCUGCUUCCGGUGUGACUAAAAGAAGUUGCAGCUGUCAGAAUGUGAGCCGCAUAAACGGUGUUUCACUUAUGGAUAUCAUUUCUCACCAGUAGCAUAACUCUGAUGUCGAGGGUUGGGGACAUCCGCAGGCGUAGGGGAAGGAACGGAUAGCUGACGUGUUUUAUGUAACCAACUAAGAUGCGGUGUCCCCGCUGACGUGCAACAAUACCGUUAAUGACCAGCUUAAUAACAAUCCACUCGAGUGGUUUUCUACGUCUGUGAAACACAAGAGCAGACGUGUGUUCAUGACAUGAUUUAAAUCUGGUGUCCUGUUGUAAAUGAGGUGUGAGCGGUGUGUGUGUGUGGUAAGCUAGCCACACUGCAGUAGAAUUAAUUCACGUCUAAAAUGUACGUAAUAAAGGGGUGGCUGUGCUGGCAAGGAAAGGAGCACACUUACCCUUAUUGUGAAUUAGAAAUUAAUAUAAAUAAUUAUUAAUGAAGUGAUAUUUGCUGCAUAAAUACCAUCAGCCCAGUUUUGGAAAAAGAGUGGAUUAUCUUUAGAAAUGGGCAGAUCUGGCUCAUAACUGUGACUUUCAUCUCAACCGUCUCGUCCUAGAAGCACUUUUAAAGUAAGUCCUGUCUUUUCAUCUCAUUUGUACCGUUCCGGUUUGUUGAAGUGGACCCAGAGUUUCACAGGGAAGGGUUUACAUGAAAAUGUGUCGUUGAGCAGCAGCAGCAGCUUUCUACGUGCACAGUCAUUAAAUCUCCAGAAAUCUACUUUCCUGAUCGUUUGUUUUCCAGGUAAUGAAGUCAGAUUUGAAUGGGGUCAAAAUAAACUUUUGUCACUUGUUUUA